CUUUAGUAUACCUGUGCUACCCAACAACCUUCGUCCUCUCUUUCCACCACUUCCCCUAGUCCCUAGUCUUCAAAUCUCCCAAGCCUCACGAAAAACAUCCCACCAGCCCCCAAAAAGACCUCAACCAAGCCAAAAACCACCCGAAGCCCCACCCCCAAAAUGACCAAAACACCCAAAGAAAACCCAACAAGCAGCCCCCUCCCAAACUACACCCGCCACAUAACCACCCACUCCGACCAAAAACUCGCAACAAUCCACUCCACCACCCAGGGAGCCUGGACCCCCGUCGAAGACGACACCUUCGCCUUCAGCGUCGCCUACACCACCUCGCGCUUUCCGGUGACCCUCACCGCCGACGCCGACCUCCACGCCCACGAAGACCUCCUGGCGAGCAACACCUUGGGACUGGUCAACCCCGGCGGCACCGUGUGCCGGGUAGUGGACUUCGCUCCCGGCAAGCCGCCGCUGAUGCACCGCACGCGCAGCCUGGAUUACGGGAUCGUGCUGGAGGGGGAGAUCGAGAUGGUGCUGGACUCCGGGGAGACAAGGCACCUCAGGCGGGGCGAUAUUGCCGUGCAGCGGGGCACGAUGCAUGCGUGGCGGAAUCCCCAGCCGGCGGGGUGGACGAGGAUGGUCUUUGUGCUGCAGGAUUGUGAGGCGGUCGAGGUGGGCGGGGUGGUGCUGGGGGAGGAUUUAGGGGGGCGCGGGGGAGAUUUUGCCUUCGGGGGGGAAGAAGGAUUGUUGAUGGGGAUGGGGCUGAGAGGUAGGGGUUGAGGAUGGAGGUUGGAGGAAGCGAAAGAGGGGAGGAGGAUCCUUAUUGUUUAUGUCUGGUGGAUGGUCGCGGCCAUUCUCCUAAUGCGAAGUCUUUUACUAUCAUUACCACAAUGCUACAUUUCUUGCUAGUGGAG